AUGACCACCGCAGACCACGCCCCCUCCUCCCAUUCACCGCUCCCAUGUGGCUCAGACCACGCCCCCUCCUCCCAUACACCGCUCCCCUGUGGCUCAGACCACGCCCCCUCCUCCCAUUCACCGCUCCCCUGUGGCUCAGACCACGCCCCCUGUAGCGCAGACCACGCCCCCUCCUCCCAUUCACCGCUCCCCUGUGGCUCAGACCACGCCCCCUCCUCCCAUACACCACUCCCACCGCUCCCCUGUGGCUCAGGCCACGCCCCAUCCAGCGCAGACCACGCCCCCUCCUCCCAUUCACCGCUCCCCUGUGGCUCAGACCACGCCCCCUCCUCCCCGGCCCCAACGCCGCCGCUCCCCCUGGGCGGCCGCAGCCCCGCCCCUCGUUGCCGUAGCCCCGCCCCCUGGGCGGUGCCUUGGCCUCGCGCUCCGGUGCCGGUGCUGUGGGCGGUGGCGGCGCCGCUGUGGGACCGCCGGGAAGCGCAGCGGCUCCUGCGGGAUUUGAACCGGGUCCGACCGCUGCCCCGACUGCCCCACAUCAAACGGCUGAGGGGGGGACCCGGGGGGGCCGCGGUGCUGCUCUGCCUCCGGAGCCACAUCCGGGACCUUGAAGCCGCAGCAGGAGCCGGAACUGGGAGCACUGGGAGCACUGGGAGCACUGGGAAUGGCGACUCCGGGGUCACUGAGGCCACCAGGACUGGAGAUACUGGGGCCACCCCUGGUCCCACCAUGGAUACUGGGGUUACUGGGCUUACUGGUGCCCCCACUGUGGUCAAGAUGGGCACUGGGGACACCGGAGACCCCAUAACUGGUGGUGAAACCACCGUGACCACCAAAGGCACUGGAGAUACUGAUGCCACCACUGGUCCCACCAUGGAUACUGGGGUUACUGGGCUUACUGGUGACCCCACUGUGGUCAAGAUGGGCACUGGGGACACCGGAGACCCCAUAACUGGUGGUGUCCCCACUGUGACCACCAAAGGCACUGGAGAUACUGGGGCCACCGCUGGUCCCACCAUGGAUACUGGGGUUACUGGGCUUACUGGUGACCCCACUAUGGUCAAGAUGGACUCUGGGGACACCGCAGACCCCAUAACUGGUGGUGAAACCACUAUAACCACCAAAGGCACUGGAGAUACUGGGGCCACCGCUGGUGCCACCAUGGAUACUGGGGUUACUGGGCUUACUGGUGCCCCCACUAUGGUCAAGAUGGACACUGGGGACACCGGAGACCCCAUAACUGGUGGUGCCCCCCCAGUGCCCCCCCCGCAGCCCCUCCCACCGCUGGAGGUCCUCCUGGGCCCGGAGGUGUCCCCUCACGGCCUGGGUCCGCCAUUCCUGGUGGCGUUGCCGGGCCGAGUGCCGUCACCGGGAGCCGAGACGGCGUCGGCGUUGUCCAUGGGGCUUUGGCCGUGGGUGACCCGCGGUGGUACCCCCCAAGAGUCGUCGACGACGCCGUUGAGUCCCGAGGAGGUAGAAGAAGCGUCCGCCAUGAUGGCGCUGGCGGUGGAGGCGGCGCGGCGAGGGGCGCGGCGGGGGAUGGUGCCGGUGGGCGCCGUGGUGGUGGAACGGCGGACGCGGAAGGUUCUGGCGGUGGCCUACGACCAACGGAGGGGGAGGAACCCAUUGGCCCACGCCGUCAUGGCCGCCUUGGAGAUGGUGGCCCAAGGGCAGAGAGAGGCCGGGGGGAGGUUGGGCCACCAGGGUGGUCUUGGUUGUGGCCAUGAAGAUGGCGUUGGCCAUGGAGGUGUUGACCAUGAAGACACCGUUGACCAUGAAGACGUUGACUAUGGUGUCUCCAUGGACGCUGAUGUUGACCACGUUGACCCUAUUGACCACAAUGGUCCUCUUGGCCAUGAAGACGUUGACCAUAGUGCCUCCAUUGGUCUCAGCGUUGACCUUGAAGACACUGUUGACCAUGAAGACAUUGACUAUGGAGCCUCCAUUGACCACGAAGCCACCAUUGACCAUGAAGACGUCCACCACAACGCCUCCAUUGACCACGAAGCCCAUGAAAACGUCCACCAUGGCAUCUCCAUUGGCCUCAGCGUUGACCUUGAAGACACCAUUGACCACGAAGACGUCCACCAUGGAGCCUCCAUUGACCAUGAAGCCACCAUUGACCAUGAAGACAUUGACCAUAGUGCCUCCAUUGACCACGAAGCCACCAUUGACCAUGAAGACAUCCACCAUGGUGUCUCCAUUGGUCUCAGCGUUGACCUUGAAGACACCAUUGACCACGAAGACAUUGACCAUGGAGCCUCCAUUGACCAUGAAGCCACCAUUGACCCCGAAGACGUCCACCACGGCGCCUCCAUUGACCACGAAGCCACCAUUGACCAUGAAGACAUUGACCAUAGUGCCUCCAUUGACCAUGAAGCCACCAUUGACCACAAAGACAUUGACCAUGGAGCCACCAUUGACCAUGAAGACAUCCACCAUGGCGCCUCCAUUGACCAUGAAGCCACCAUUGACCAUGAAGACAUUGACCAUAGUGCCUCCAUUGACCACGAAGACAUCCACCAUGGCACCUCCAUUGACCAUGAAGACCAUGAAAACGUCCACCAUGGCAUCUCCAUUGGUCUCAGCGUUGACCAUGAAGCCACCAUUGACCAUGAAGACAUCCACCACGGCGCCUCCAUUGACCACGAAGCCACCAUUGACCCCGAAGACGUCAACCAUGGCAUCUCCAUUGGCCUCAGUGUUGACCUUGAAGCCACCAUUGACCAUGAAGACAUCGACCAUGGAGCCUCCAUUGACCAUGAAGCCACCAUUGACCAUGAAGACGUCCACCAUGGAGCCUCCAUUGACCAUGAAGACGUCAACCAUGGAGCCUCCAUUGACCACGAAGCCACCAUUGACCAUGAAGACAUCCACCAUGGCAUCUCCAUUGGCCUCAGCGUUGACCUUGAAGCCACCAUUGACCAUGAAGACAUUGACCAUAGUGCCUCCAUUGGUCUCAGCGUUGACCUUGAAGCCACCAUUGACCAUGAAGACCUCCACCACGGAGCCUCCAUUGACCACGAAGCCACCAUUGACCACAAAGACGUCCACCACAACACCUCCAUUGAUCCCGAAGAUGUCGACCAUGGAGCCUCCAUUGACCACAAAGCCACCAUUGACCCCAAAGACGUCCACCACGGCGCCUCCAUUGACCACAAAGCCACCAUUGACCAUGAAGACGUCCACCACGGAGCCUCCAUUGACCACGAAGCCACCAUUGACCAUGAAGACGUCCACCACGGAGCCUCCAUUGACCACGAAGCCACCAUUGACCACGAAGACAUCCACCAUGGAGCCUCCAUUGACCUCGGCGUUGACCUUGAAGCCACCAUUGACCAUGAAAACAUUGACCAUGGAGCCUCCAUUGACCACAAAGACACCAUUGACCAUGAAAACAUCGACCAUGGCAUCUCCAUUGGCCUCAGCGUUGACCUUGAAGCCACCAUUGACCACGAAGACAUCCACCAUAGUGCCUCCAUUGACCAUGAAGACAUUGACUAUGGAGCCUCCAUUGACCACGAAGCCACCAUUGACCAUGAAGACCUCCACCAUGGAGCCUCCAUUGACCCCGAAGACGUCAACCACGGAGCCUCCAUUGACCAUGAAGCCACCAUUGACCAUGAAGACAUUGACCAUAGUGCCUCCAUUGGUCUCAGCGUUGACCUUGAAGCCACCAUUGACCAUGAAGACAUUGACCAUGGAGCCUCAAUUGACCACGAAGCCUCCAUUGACCAUGAAGACAUUGACCAUAGUGCCUCCAUUGACCAUGAAGCCACCAUUGACCAUGAAGACAUUGACCAUGGAGCCUCCAUUGACCACGAAGCCACCAUUGACCAUGAAGACAUCCACCAUGGAGCCUCCAUUGGUCUCAGCGUUGACCAUGAAGCCACCAUUGACCACAAAGACGUCCACCACGGAGCCUCCAUUGACCACAAAGCCACCAUUGACCAUGAAGACAUCCACCAUGAAGCCUCCAUUGCCCAUGAAACCCUCAAAACCGUCCCCCGUAGUGCCUCGGUGUCCCCCGGCGAUGCCCCCCAUGACCCUAUGGACCCCCUCCAUGAUGUCCCACCACCUCCACCACCCGCGGUGGUGUCCCCGUACCUCCUGCGGGGCUGUGACGUCUACGUCACGCGGGAGCCGUGCGCGCUCUGCGCGAUGGCGCUGCUCCACAGCCGCGUCGGCCGCGUCCUCUUCGGCGUCGCCGCCCCCCACGGCGCCGUCGCCACCCGCUACGGCCUCCACGGCCGACGGCCACUCAACCACCGCUACCGCGCCUACGGCGGCGUCGCCCCGGCAGCCUGCGCCCCACUGGGGGACGGGGAACUGGAAUAAACUGGGAGAGCACUGGGAGAGAACUGGGAG